AGACGCCGCGGCCAUGGCGGAGCCGCGCUGGGCCGCUCGCGCGGGCGCCGCCGUGUACCGCAGCCGGGACCCCGUGUGCAACCUGCGCCUGCGGGUCCGCGUCCGGCGGGUCUCGGCGCCGCGGCCGCCGCUCCCCGCGCUGCCGGGCCUGUCCCGCCGCGCCGCCGCCGGUACGUGCGCGCCCGGGGCCGGGCCGGGAGGCGCUCCGCUGGGGCUCACCCGCUGCUCUCCCGCAGAUGCCCGCCGGCCCCCGCCCGAGGAGGAGGAGGAGGAGGAGGAGGUGGAGGUGGGGUGGCAGGAGAAGCUGUUCAGCCAGUUUGAGGUGGGUCUGUACGGGAAGGACUCGGCCUGCCAGGCCCCGCUGGACCGGCAGUACCGGGAGGACAUCCUGAAGCUGGAGAAGGCCGGAGGGAGGAGGAACUGUCGCAUCUUCACCUACACGGAUCGUGACCGGUUCACCGACCUGGAGGAGUACUGCCAGAAGGUAACUGACUCAGAGCAUGAGGUGCCGUCGUAUCUGGCAGAGAGGAUGGCCAGCGUGAGGAGGAGAAGACAAGAACAUAAGCCAGUAGAUGGAAGUUCUCUGAAGUCAAAAAUCAUCACCUGGGAGCCCUCAGAAGAAUUCAUAAAGAACAAUCAUGUGAUUAACACUCCUGUCCAGACCAUGUACAUCAUGGGGGACUUGGGACCUUAUGGGAAGCUUGGCCACAGGGAGUAUGAACAUGUUCUUUGCACAAUCAAGGUGGAUGGCAAUGGAGUGAUCACAGUGAAGCCUGACUUUAGUGGCACCAAAGGACCCUACUGGGUCAAGCUGGAUGGAGAGAAGCAGGAGGUGUGGAAAUACACCAUUGAGAAUGCAUCUGUGCAGGUGCAGCCAGAGGAGGAGGAACGUGAGCAGUCUGUGUUCAGAGAUCUCUAUGGGCGGCACAAGGAAUUCCUCAGUGGCCUUGUGGGCUCGGAGUUUGAAAUGCCUGCUCCUGGCACACUGAGGCUGUUUGUGAACGGGGAGAUAGUUUCAGCUCAAGGCUAUGAGUAUGACAACCUCUAUGUUCAUUUCUUCCUGGAGCUGCCUAACGAGUGGUCCAGCCCUGUGUCCCAGCAGCUGUCAGGAGUGACACAGAUCUGUGCCACCAAGACCGUGGGCAGGGAGGACGUGGCCUACUUCUGCUACCCCUUCACCUUGGACAUGAUCCUCACCCAAGGGGAUGAAUCAGAAGACAGUCUCCCUCAGUGGCCUGUUCUCUACUUGGAGGUGCUGUCCCUGGAUUUCUGGCAGAGGUACCGUGUUGAGGGAUACGGUUCCUUGGUGCUGCCAGCAUCUCCAGGUCCUUACAGGUUCACCAUCCCUACCUGGCGCCCCGUGGAGCUGGGGACAGUGGCUGAGCUGAGGAGGUUCUUCAUUGGUGGCUCUCCUGAGCUGGAGGACAUCACCUACACCAGGAUACCAUCGACCUUCAAGGGUGAGCACCUGAGUCGCUUGGGCUUCCGUACACAGAGCACUGGGAGCAUCACCAUCCAGCUCCACUGCCUGCAGCAGGCCAGAGCCUUUCUGGAGAGCAGCACCCUGAGGCAGCGCAUGCAGAGUGUCCUGGACCGGCUUGGAGGCUUCAGCCAGCAGAGCUCUGUCUACAACGUUUUGGAGGCUUUCCAGAGGGCACGGCGCCGGAUGCAGGAGGCCAGGGACAGCCUUCCCCAGGACCUCAUCAGCACCUCUGCCUCCACCCUGCCCCAGGCACAGGACCCCUGACCCACCACCCCCACAGCCAGGGACCAUUCUCCUGCCUCUCUCCAGCACAAGGCCGUGGUGUUCAGCAGGAGUCACGGUGCUGGUGCCUGGAAGCAUCUGAAGCCCUUUGUUGCUUUCCCUGGGUGAGGGAAGGUCUGUGACACAUCCACACAUCCAGAAGCAGCAUUUCCACAGAGCCCCAUUUUCACAAGGCAUUUUGUUACCAGGCCCUAACAAAACAGCCCAUUGUUCCCAUUGCUGCUGAGCAGACUGUAAAGCACUGACCUGGGGCUUGUGAACCCUGAAACACCUUGUCAAGAGUUGGAGAGUAAAUGAUUACAACAACUUCA